AUGGCGGUUGUCUCGUGUGAUGUUGUGAAUGUCCACUAUGUCGUUAACGGAUUGGCUGCCUGCUCUUACUUUCUUUUCAGACUUGUACCAAGUCUUUGUCUUAUAGUUUUCGCAGACCAGCGAUGUGAACUAGACUCGAGAGAAGUGGAGAUUUUCGUUUUUCUUUGUUGUGUUGUGGUGUUGAAGGCCAGACGAAUGAUGGGAGAUUGGCGUACCUACUUGGACGUCCUCAUCAUAUUUUCAAAGGCAGCCAACAUUUUCUUGUUCGGUAGAGCUUCUAUAAAAGCAGCCGCAUGGUACAGCAUAGUCUUAAUAGUUCUCUACUUGGCCUUUCCUGAGAAGCCACUCCCACCAAGCGAGAAAGUCAAGCAGCUCACUGAUUCUUCCUUGAAGGAAGUCUUAUCUACAAACUCACAUGAAACAUGGCUUGUCUUGUUUUAUGCUCCCUGGGCUCCUCCAUCUGUAAAGGCAACAAAUGUUUUCUCCAAACUGGCAGAUAAAUAUGUUACAGAAUCUUUUCAGUUUGGAAGAAUGGACAUCAGUCGGUAUCCUGCAGUAUCUGACAGAUACAGCAUAGAUAUGUCACACAGAACAAAGCAACUUCCAACAAUCAUUUUGUAUGAAAAUGGCAAAGAAACAGCACGACGACCAGCAUUUUUCAAGAAGCAAGUGGAGACAUUUCAAUUCACUGAAGAUAAUAUCAGAUAUGGGUUUGCACUCAAUGACGUUGUUGACAGAGCUAAAGUACGCUGGACACACGAGAAUCGAAAGAAUAAAUAGAAGAUUGGUAACCAGAAUAAAUGGUGAAUAGUAUGUACAAAUCAAGAGACUACUAACAGACAAUAGGUGAGUAAGUCCAUGUGCAGAUGACAUUAUUGUUUAUAUUCUUUACAUGUACAACAUCAACAUCAAAUCCAAUUUAGUGUACUUGUCUCACACUGCCGGAAUGCACCGAAUGUUAACUGCACAUGUGCACGUGCGUGCGUACACACACACACACACACACACACCGUCACAUGUAUGAUACACAAUCAAUCCAAACACAUACAUCUCAUCUGUUACUGUGUACAUGUUGUGCAACUUCCAUUUUAAGCGUCAUGCUGGAGCAAAAUUAAACUGUCCACAGCUGUCCAUGU